AUGAUGCCGCAGCUGGAGAUGAAUCCGCUCUGGGAGCUGGAGGAUGCACGGAGCGAGACGGCCGUUGUCCGAACUCAGGCGACGCGUUCUUGCGCAAGAGAGGCUGCAGUUGCGCUGCAGCUGACCGUGCGCGCACUGAGUGCCACGCGAAGGGGAGAGAGCAGGUGCGAGGCGGAGCGGCAGGCCCUCUUUCCCUGCAGCAGCACGGGCGGGUGGGCGGUGGUCUAUUCGUUUGACGAUCGCGCCACGGUCUCGACAGCCCGUGGCUGCCAGACGGCCUUUGGGAGCCUCGGCAUCUCGAGAUACAAUGGUCUUCAACCUGCUCCUCCUCCCACCAUACCACCGCCACUCGCCAUCAUGACCCUUGAAUACAUCAGCAUCGGCCGCCCGGCCGAAUAUGUCGUGCACGUCGAGCUGCAACGUCCCGACAAGAUCAACGCCUUCGUGCCGGCCAUGUGGGCCGAGCUGGGCCAAGUGUUUCGCCAGUUGUCGCGCGACCCCGACGUGCGCGCCAUCGUGCUGUCAGGUGCCGGCGACCGCGGCUUCACCGCCGGCCUGGACGUCUUUGCCGCCGGCGAGUGGAUGGGCGAGGCCUCGAGCCACCCGGAACCGGCCCGCCGUGCCACCAACCUCCGUCGUUUUGUCCACGACUUCCAGGCCUGCAUCAGUGCCGUUGAAGAGUGCGAGAAGCCCAUAAUCUGCGCCAUCCAUGGCAUCGCCUUCGGUCUCGCCAUCGACAUCGCCUGUUGUGCCGACAUCCGCAUCUGCACCCAGGACGCCCGCUUCAGCGUCAAGGAGGUCGACAUCGGGCUCGCUGCUGACAUCGGCACGCUCGCUCGCCUGCCUAAGAUCGUUGCGUCCUCCUCGUGGGUGCGUGACGUCUGCCUGACUGCCCGCGUCUUUCCUGCCGCCGAGGCCGAGGCUGUCGGCUUUGUCAGCCGCGUCCUGCCGUCCAAGGCUGCCGUCGUCGCUGUCGCCCUUGAAACCGCCACCCUCAUCGCUUCCAAGAGCCCGGUGGCCGUGCAAGGCACCAAGGAGCUUCUCCAGCACGCCCGAGACCACUCCGUUGCCGAGAACCUCCGAUACACGACCGUGUGGAACUCGGCAGCGCUUCAGUCCAACGAUGUUCAGGCGGCGCUGGUAUCAGGCAUGCAGAAGACCCGUCCGACAUUUGAGAAGCUGUAG